AGCGGGGCUGUCAUUUGUGUGAGUGGAACAGCCCGGUGGUAUCGAGCGGGAGGGAAAGCCCUCGCAUUCUGCCAGCCUUCAGCGGAGACCGUCGCUCCGCAGUCCGAGCCUCCACGCCGAAGGAAGCGCAUCCCCGCGGACCGACUGACCCCGAACCCUGAGGGAGCGAAGCGUUUCAGGGAGACAUGGCCGAUGGAAGUUUUAACGAGUCGUCCACCGCGGACGUAGCCAACAGGUUUGCCCGAAAAGGUGCGCUGAGGCAGAAAAACGUCCACGAAGUGAAGGACCACAAGUUCAUAGCCAGGUUCUUCAAGCAGCCGACUUUCUGCAGCCACUGCACCGACUUCAUCUGGGGCUUUGGAAAGCAAGGAUUUCAGUGCCAAGUUUGCUGUUUUGUUGUCCACAAGAGGUGCCAUGAACUUGUCACGUUCUGCUGCCCAGGGGCAGAUAAGGGGCCUGACACUGACGAUCCCAGAACAAAGCACAAGUUCAAGAUCCACACAUUUGGCAGCCCCACUUUCUGCGACCACUGUGGCUCUCUGCUUUAUGGUCUCAUUCACCAGGGGAUGAAGUGUGACUCGUGCGAUAUGAACGUUCACAAGCAGUGUGUGAUGAACGUGCCCAGCCUGUGUGGAAUGGAUCACACUGAGAAAAGGGGCCGUCUUCUCCUCAGGUGUGAGGUCAGUGGGGACAAGCUGAAGGUCGCAGUGAACGAAGGGAAGAACCUGAUCCCUAUGGACCCCAACGGCCUGUCUGAUCCAUACGUAAAGCUGAAGCUCAUCCCAGAUCCCAAAAAUGAGACCAAGCAGAAAACCAAAACCAUCCGCUCCAACCUCAACCCCAAAUGGAACGAGAACUUCACUUUCAAGCUGAAGCCCUCAGAUAAGGACCGCAGGCUGUCAAUUGAAGUGUGGGACUGGGAUCGAACCACCAGGAACGACUUCAUGGGAGCUCUAUCGUUUGGAGUUUCCGAGCUCAUGAAGUCUCCAGCCUAUGGAUGGUAUAAACUACUGUGCCAGGAGGAGGGGGAGUACUACAAUGUUCCCAUAUCCGUAGAAGAUGAUGGCAAUGAGGAGCUGAGGCAGAAAUUUGAGCUGUAUGAUGCACAGCUAAAGGAAAGCUGUGCUUCUGCACUUGUGUGCAAUGUGAGUCAGCUCUUUGGCUCCCUGUGGUUUCAGGACCAGGGAGUUGAGGAAAACGUGGAUCAGAAGGCCAAACUGGGUCCUGGGAAGAAGGUGAUCAAUGAAACGGAGGAAAGCCGCUCCAACCAGAUGCUGACAAACAGCCUGAACCAGGUCAAACUCAAUGACUUGUCCUUUCUGGCUGUGCUGGGCAAAGGCAGCUUUGGCAAGGUCAUGUUGGCCGAAAUGAAGGCUACCGGAGAGCUUUACGCAGUGAAGAUCCUAAAAAAAGAUGUGGUGAUCCAGGACGAUGACGUUGAGUGCACAAUGGUGGAGAAGAGAGUCCUGGCCCAACAGGACAAGCCACCCUUCCUGACGCAGCUGCACUCGUGCUUUCAGACCGUGGACCGACUUUACUUUGUCAUGGAGUACGUAAAUGGGGGAGACCUCAUGUACCACAUUCAACAAGUGGGCAAGUUCAAGGAACCUCAGGCAGUAUUCUACGCAGCAGAGAUUGCGGUUGGUCUCUUUUUUCUGCACAGGAAAGGAAUCAUUUACAGGGACUUGAAGUUGGACAACGUGAUGCUGGACGCUGAGGGUCACAUUAAGAUCGCUGACUUUGGCAUGUGCAAAGAGAACAUGUUAGAAGGUGUGACUACACGGACCUUCUGCGGCACCCCAGACUACAUAGCUCCAGAGAUCAUCGCAUAUCAGCCGUACGGACUCUCUGUAGACUGGUGGGCGUAUGGAGUUCUGCUGUAUGAAAUGCUGGCUGGACAGCCUCCAUUUGAUGGAGAGGAUGAAGAUGAGUUGUUCCAGUCCAUUAUGGAGCACAAUGUGUCCUAUCCCAAGUCCAUGUCUAAAGAGGCUGUCUCUAUCUGCAAAGGGCUAAUGACCAAACACCCCUCCAAGCGUCUGGGCUGCAGCCGUGAAGAAGAGAGGGACAUCAGAGAGCACGCUUUCUUCAGGCGGAUUGACUGGGAUCGCCUCCAGAACCGAGAGAUACAGCCGCCCUUCAAGCCUAAAGUGUGUGGCAAAGGAGCAGAAAACUUUGACAAGUUCUUCACACGCACCCAGCCUCAGCUCACCCCGCCAGACGAGCUGGUCAUCGCCAACAUCGACCAGGCCGAGUUUGCAGGGUUCUCUUUCAUCAACCCGGAGUUUGUGCACCCGUCACUUGUCAACAGCGUAUGAGAGUGGCAUCAGAACAACCCGCUCAACACCACCAACUCAAACCUUUAAUCUGGUUCAUGUUUAAUGUUGCACGAUAGAUAUUAAUAUCUAUUUGAUUCAUCGGCAAACACAAAUAAGUAGUCUGUAUGUUCCUAUAAUAUAAUUGGAAUAGAUUAGUUUGGGUUUUGGUAACAGAAAGAGAUUAAUUCCAUAGAAGGAUUGGGCUAUUGGAAGCACUAAGACAUGACAGUGUCAGGCUUUAAUAAUCCAUUUAUUUUAAAAACAAAUUCCAAUUCAAAUAAAAGUUUACAUUUCUCAGUGCUGCCCUAACUGAUGAUCAACACAUUAUCCACACUACUCACAAUAAGUUAGGGAUAUUAUGAAAUACUCAGUGGAUGUUGUCUACACAGUGUUUGUUUCACUUCACAGAUUUCAGGACAGGGAGGCGAUCGUAUUGGAGUGACAGACACACCUCACACUCUUUAGCGUUUCCCACAGAAUGGUCUGACUGUGUACAGUGUGCCUUAGUCAUCGGGGCCAAAACCAAGAAAUUCUAAAAGAAAAGCCCUUUCAAUGUGGCAUCAAUGGCAACAUUCUGUGGGUAAAAAACCUGAUUUAGUCAGGAAGUCAUUCCAAGUCCAUCAUUCAAACCUCCAUGAACACGCGACGAGCAGCACCACCUGGCCAUAGCGCGUCGUCAGGUCGGUAGUAGACAGUCAGAUUUUGCAGGUGAACUCGUCCUUAAGUGUCAUCACCUGAACCAAGACACAAAACUACUGGCAGAGUGCGAGACAGACCUAGGAGUGGAGCCCCGACAAUAACCAUGACCAAAACCUGUGGACCUUUGCACGUUUAACUAACGCCAGACUACCAUUGCAGGUGACUCCCCUGACACCAAGACACUGCCAUGAACGUUUGCGUGACCUGGACAAUACCUACCGUCCUGUUCACUAAUGAGUGUCUGCUCAUCUUGCUCAGAAAGGAUGAUCGUCAGCAUCAGGCAAAGGUCCGCAGGGUCCCAAGAGUUGGCUUUAGAGGAGGAGGAGAUUAGUUUAGACCUGUUUAGACAGCCCAGUCUGCAAGUUCUUACCUCAGAGAAAUCAUAGAACCGUCAUCAUCCCCAAAUUCCACCAGCCUCCCCCAACUUUCUCGUCAUGGAUGUUAAUACUCCACCGCAUCAUUCCAGAAUGGUCGGAAUUCAGCGUGGCUCAUGUGGUUUGGCCCACAAUGCCCCCUGUCCUGAACCCCAUAGAGCACGUCUGUGAUCAGCGGAGGCAGAGACUGGACGAUUGGACCCCAUCCCUAAGUGACCUGGCAGAACUGCAUGUAGCACUUACACACCAUGAGGCGUCUCUGUCAUUUUGGCAGAUGAAGGAAGCAUUGUGUUACUUCUCAUUCAUUAAUAGUGAUAUCAAAGGGAACUUUUAUGUAUUUCAUUAAGAUUCUGACCAUUAGGGAAAGCCCUGAUGUAAAUAACAAUAUCCCUAACUUAUUGUGAGUAGUGUAAAUGUACAUAUCCUAAAAGAACAGAACAGAAGUACAGGAAUGUAAACGCUAUAGCCAAAUAUUAAGGACAGGUGGUCAGCAGCUCUUUUGAUUCAAUGAUUUCUCUACCAUGUUUACACUUUUUCUUCUCCUUUUUAGUUUCCUUCUCAGUUUCUUGCAUUUGUUGACUACAGGAAGAGUUUGAACACGCGGGAAUGUAAAGAGUUGGUACAAGCCGUCAGGAAAACACGGCUACAAGAAGUCCAAACUUCAUUCGCUACCAAAACUUUCCCUUCUUCUGUCACAUAACGAAGCAGUUUAUUUUUAUUUCUUUUUUUACAAAUUGAAGAUAAAACUAUAGCAGAUGGAGUUUUAACAGGUGCAGCAUUAGUUCACACAUUGAAGCUGCAGAGACAGUUUAUAUCAGUGGACAUGCUCGUGUGCUUUCCUUUUCCCAUUCUAUCUUGUAAUAUAUAAUAUUUUUCUUUUCAUACUUUUGUUGUUUUUCGUUCCCUUAACUCUUUUCUGUUUAAAAUAUUAGAAAAUCUGUUUGUUUAUACUCUGUACCCUGGUGAUCUUUCAUAUCUUUCCAUUAGAUCAUAAUAUUUUAAAGUAACAAAAAUGCCAGUAACUCCUUUGUAAAUAAAUGUGAGUUAUUUUAAGAGGGCAGAGAAGGAUACAUUUUAUACCAAUACAUGUAUGUGUUUUUCUUACAUUUAAGCCAAUAUUUCUAUGUUGUUCGAACACUUUAACCAUCAAAAGCAUAAUCCAGUACCUUUGUAACAGCUGGAUGCUUCUUUUAGGACAAAUAGAAAGUUUUCUGUUUCUGUUUUCCUCAGAAACGACUACUUUUCUUUUUUUUUGUUGGGAUAAGAUUCUUGGCUGUACUUUGGUGUUGACUGGAUGCUUUUGGAAUGUCCCUCUGUGUCUGCAUACUUUGGGUGUUCAGCACUCAUGCAUGUGAUCGGUUCGAAUGCCGCAUGCUGCCAAGCAGGAAACUCCCGCAAGUGAAAAUGUGACAGCAGCGCUGCUCUUCACGGUGGAGGAAAAGGAAAAGUCCUGGGAGAUUCGCGCAGAGGAUUCCUGCUGAUGAAUUGAAACAAAAGGGUUUCAAAAUGUUCAACUUUUUUUUCUUUUCUCCUGCCGUUUAGUUUCAAGCAGAGCAGAAAUAGAGUUUUAAGGUUAGGCAGCAUUAAUGGAGUUUGGUGCCAAGGAGCCAGAAAAACGUCCGUCUGACAGAAACCGGUUAGACUUUCAGUCGGAUCAGUUAAAGGUUGACUGACUACAGUUUCCAAUGCAAGUUCUAUUUUCUCAAAAGUAUGUGUUUCUCUUGACUUUUGAGUUCCUUCUGGGGUUUAAAUUGUUUUUGUUUUUCGAUUCUUCUGGUAAAAGUUAAGGAAAGAGACAGAAUAUCACAUCAAAAACUGGUUACCGGUAGCAACCAUUGAAUGGCAACCUCAGUGUGUCUAUGUUUGUCCUACUGCUUCACUCCUCCGUCUCGUUUCUAAACCUUUACAGCAUUUAGCAUGUGCCAAACCCGGAGAACAGCAGAACCCAACAAUAGCAGCCUUGCACUAACUAACCGUAGUAACAUGGAGGACACUGGUAGCUCCUCUGCUGGCCACAUACAGCAGGUCAGACGCUGCCAUUAGUUUACCCGUGUACACUGUGUCAGUAAACCCAACAGUGCCAGUCAGCUUGAUAGUUUCCUUUGUCCGAUUGAUCCUUCAGUUUUGUGUCUGAAGCUGUUGUUUUGUUCCUUGCAGACGUUGACUUGCACCGUGUCUCUGGCUCAAUAGUUAGCUUCAUCCCUUUAACUGAACUGGAGCGCGAUUACUGCUCUUCCCUUGUGUGCCUUCCCCAGCUUGUACAUAUGUUCGGUACAAAUCCUUCUCAGUACCCAUCCACCAGCUGCGGUGUGUGUUCCACUCCCAGGAUAUACAGCUGAAAUCUGGGAAAAUUAUAGAUGAACGCAAUCAAAGUAUGUUUUCUCUGCCAAUAUGAACUUUUAGGAUUCUGAAACAACAGCCUGCUUUUCCCUUUUCUAUCCUUUAUACCCCACAGUUCCUAAAGAAAACGGGCUGAUGGAGGAGGUGAAGGAUCAUGUCAGAGUUUUUGGUGUUAGUUUGAAGACUCCGCCUCCUCUUAGUCCAAGGGCCAAAUCUGUCACUUAAUCUAUGAAUUCAGUCCCAUUUUUCUUGUGAAAUUGUUUACAUCAGUUCAAAGAGUGGCUUCUUUCUGUUCCCCCCUUCAAACGCACCAUCUUCUGCACACCUGAUUCACAGGAUCACUGCCACAUGUCUGCAUGAGCAAAAUCCCACGCAGAGCUGAGAAACUUUCCUCAAAUUGUUGCUUUUUUCCAGCUCCUGUCCUCUCUUUUAACGCUUUGAACGAUUUCUUUUUUUUUUGUCCAAACUAAGUCCUGUAAAGACAUUUUACAACCUGUUAUUCCUAAAUGAAGUAGCACUCCUCACAGUCCUUUUUUGUCCUGGUCCAACAUGUGUCCCGCGCCAGGUUUGUCCCUGUUUGCUGCAUCCUGAGAGAAAACAUCCAUGACGCAGGGCGCCGGUUCAGCAGCGUGCAGGAAUGAAUGCCUUAUAACCACGCAGCUCCAUAGCCACUCCCUGCUGGUUUGUGCUCCUCGUACAUGAAUUACUCGCAGUAAACGUCUACAGAGACUGCACAGAAGGAGAACCACGUGUUUCGCAAAUGCUGUAUGUUUUAUUUUCUCUCCCAGCCUGAAACCUUUAAAAUGAGUCUCAGCUACUUAACCUUGUAACUGAAUGUGUCAUUUGUACCUAAUGUAUGAUAAUGAAAUUAAAUAAAAGGCUAAAUGAGAUCCAUA